AGUUUCGCAGGAACUUCGCCGCCUCCGCCGCCGCCGCCGCCACUCCUGCGGCGGUAGCAGCCCGGGUCGAUCCGCAGCUAUGCUGGGGGCGGGCGGCGCGCUGGGGCUGGAGGGUCUCGGAGCGCCUUAGGCAGGGAAGAGCGAGCCGAGCUGCGACGGGGCUGAGCAGAAGACCGAGGGCGCCGGGCAGCCGAGCGGCAUUUCCCCGCCUUCCCUCCCUCCCUCCCUCCCUGGAACCGGGCACCCGCGGGGAGGAAGACGCCCCCCCAGGAGAAGAGGGGGGUCCCGAGGCGCUUGAGGAGGAGGAGGAGGAGGAGGGAGGGGGCCCGUCUCGGAGCGGGCCGCUUCGGUGGGGGGCGAGGAUGAGCCUCUUGUCAGCCAUCGAGACGAGCGCUGCCUCCGUCUACCAGCCGGCCCAGUUGCUCAACUGGGUCUACCUCUCCUUGCAAGACACGCACCAGGCCAGCGCCUUCGACGCCUUUCGCCCGGAGUCAUCCUCCUCGCAGCACCCGGAGCUCGGCUACCCCAGCAAGAGCGCCGCCGAGCUGGGCUCGUCCUCGCUCAGCUCCAGCUACCUUAACAGCUUCCUGCAGCUCCAAAGGAACGAGGCCUUGAGCAGUAGUCUGUAUAAGAGUGCCUCUCCCUACGGCUCUCUUAAUAACAUCGUGGAUGGCUUGAAUUCCCUCACUGAACAUUUCUCUGACAUUUCCCUGUCAUCAGAUGCCAGAAAGCCAAGCAAGAGACCUCCCCCAAACUAUCUGUGUCAUCUUUGCUUUAACAAGGGACACUACAUCAAGGAUUGUCCACAGGCUCGUCCAAAAGGGGAAGGCUUGACUCCAUACCAAGGGAAAAAACGCUGCUUUGGCGAAUAUAAAUGCCCCAAGUGCAAGAGAAAAUGGAUGAGUGGAAACUCCUGGGCCAACAUGGGGCAAGAAUGUAUCAAGUGCCAUAUCAAUGUUUAUCCUCACAAGCAGAGACCCCUGGAAAAACCUGAUGGCCUGGAUGUUUCUGAUCAAAGUAAAGAGCACCCUCAGCAUCUCUGUGAGAAAUGUAAAGUUCUGGGCUACUACUGCCGCCGAGUGCAAUAAAGAUACCCACAGGGACUAUUUCUGCCACCACCAAUUCUGGGUCAGCAGCCAAAAGAGGAGGAGGAGGAGGAGGAGGAGGAGGAGGAGGAGGAAGAAACAUCACCCAAGAAUUUUCAUCCAUCCCCAGUAUUGCCUAACUUAAUCAUACCCCUUUCCUUUAACAGAUUGUAACACUUUCCCUGUGUACAGACAUACAAUUUGUAUUAGAAGACUGGAGUGUUAUAUGUAUUCCUUCCUUAAGGGUCUUGCAAAACAAGCCAUGUUAAUAUGGGUGGAGACCAACCAGCUACGGUUCUUCCUGGACUAUACCUGCCAUAUUCAUGAUGGAAUCGCUACAGUGGUUUCCACUGAUUGUUUACACAAUUCCAGUAUUCUACACUAAGUGAACUAGUGUUCUUUGUCCAGAGAGACCCGUAAUGUCAGGAAGAUAGGGUUGGAUGAUGGUAAGGGGCAGAUGGGUGGGGGCUGGCAAGCAUUACUCAAAAUGUGUUGUAGCUAUGCUGCCAACUAGAAUUCUCUAAAGCUAUAAGGCCUGAGCUAGGAAAGAAUUAAGGAUGUGAUGCAAAUACUUGUUUUUCUUGACUAUGGAGAUGGUUUGUAAGUUCUACCAGCUUGCUUGUUCUCCAAGAGUCUUCCAGGGCCACUGAAGAGAGGCUCUUGGUGAGCUUUCGUUUUCUGAAUCUGAGGGCUUAAAAGAACAAGUGAAUAAUUGUCUGACGAGUGGUUUGCAUGGAAACAUAAGGAUGGUAGAACAUGCAGGGUGGGACAGGGAUUUGCCUUUCUUGUGCAGCAACUUUAAGCACAUUUAUGUAGAUGGAAGUCCCACUGAAAUCCAGGAGAUCUAUUCAGAACAAGCUUGCAUAAAUACACUCAUUUUUGCAGGCUGCUGUUGUUUACCCCCACUUCCCAUGGCAUCUCUUACCUUUUUCUUUCGCUAUGUAAUGGUGGCUAAAAUUCCUAUCCUCAGGCUGCAU